GGGAGGUGCCGUAGCUCCCACCGUGCAGACAUGUUGUCGUGGGAGAAAGUGGAUGGAGAAAGGCCGUGGGGGGGAGGACGAGGAGGACUCCGAGGAGGAGGAGGAGGAGGAGGAAGAGGUAGAGGACACGGAGGAUGACAAAGAGAGAGAUGGACGCCCGCAUUGCUACUCUGGAGGCAAGGCCUCCCCAAGCGGCGCAGGCUGCACGACAGACACGACGAAGCAGCUCAACGGGCGCAUCGACCAUGUCGUCAAUCUCAUCGGCGACCUCGGUGCUUUCACUGGUCCGGACACGAUCAGCAGCACAGUGGCUGCCAUCAAGACGGACAUCACCAAGCUGCAGACAAGAUCGGACGCUACUACUAAGAACUACAAGAUGCCGCACUUCAACAUCAGGAAGUUCGACGACUACAACAAGACAGACGCCUUGACAUGGUGGCAAGGUUUCCUCACGGAAGCAUCUUGCCGCACUGUCCCGGCUGAAGACAUGUUGAAGGCGCUCUACCUACAACUGAUUGGAGGAGCACAGGCAUGGAUGAACCAUCUGGCGGCAACCAAGCAAUGCACCAUCGCCGAACUCCACACGCACAUUACGUGGAAGGAGUUCGAGCAACUAUGGUUCACUCGGUUCAUGGUCCGCAACGUCGUGAAGGCGGCCAUGAACGAGGUGAAGACGCAACUUACGCAAGUUACACUCGCGGACGACCGCACGCAAAAGUCAAUUGACCGAUGCGUCGACAACGUUCCGGUAUACUUUGCGCCACUUGCGUGCGAGCCGGUGUCUUUUGACAUCCUCGACACCAAGUUCGACAUGAUUCUAGGCAUGUCUUGGUUGCGUAGCGCCGAUCAUCCGGUGAACUUCCACGACCGGACCGUUCACAUCCAUCGGAACGGAGUGUUAGUCCCAUGUACGGUCGCAACCCCUCACACUUCGAUUGCUUGUCACGUGGUCUCCGUUGCGAGAAUUCGCGACGCCAUAGCUCAGAAUGACGUCGAGGAGAUGGGCCUUGUAUUCUUGCAUGCUCUCCCCUCGCCGGACGGACCAGCCGCGUCACCGCCGGACCCACGCAUUUCUCACCUCUUGGACGAGUAUAGAGACGUCUUCGAGGCUCCCGCCGGAACGGUUUCGGAUCGGCCCAUACGUCACGGGAUCACUCUCGAGGCUGGUGCCGUCCCUCCGCGUGGAUGUAUGUACCGCAUGAGCGAAGAGGAACUCGAGGUGCUUCGCGCACAACUCGAUGACCUUCUCGACAAGGGCUGGAUUCACCCUAGUUGUUCGCCUUACGGUGCCCCUGUUCUCUUCGUCCCGAAGAAGAACAAAGAUCUACGGUUAUGCAUCGACUAUCGAAAACUUAACGCACAAACCGUAAAGAACGUCGACCCUCUCCCUCGGAUUGAUGAUCUCCUUGAGUGGUUAGGUGGCGCCACGUACUUCUCGAAGUUGGACUUGAAGUCAGGUUACCACCAGAUCGAAAUCCAGCCUCAAGAUCGGUAUAAAACCGCGUUCAAGACACGGUACGGGCACUUUGAGUGGGUUGUCAUGCCAUUUGGCCUCACCAAUGCCCGCGCGACGUUCCAAGCAGCGAUGACGACUGAGUUUCCUGACUUGCUCGAUCGCAGCGUCCUCAUCUACCUUGAUGACAUCUUGGUUUAUAGUAUGACGUUGGACGAGCACAUCGUACACCUUCAUGUUGUUUUGGAUCGUUUGCGACUGGCCAAGUACAAAGUGAAUCUCAACAAGUGCGAGUUCGCCAAGCAGGAGCUUGAGUACUUGGGUCACUAUGUUACGCCGAAAGGCAUUCGUCCCUUAGCGGACAGGAUCCAAGCCAUCGUGGAUUGGUCGGAACCCUGUUGCACGACGGAUGUACGCUCUUUCAUGGGUUUGGCUGGAUAUUAUCAGCGAUUCGUCGAGUCAUACUCGAAAGUGGCCGCUCCUUUGUCGAGACUUCAGUCCCCAAAGGUGCCCUUCGAGUUCGACGAAGCAGCCCGUGGCGCGUUCACUACGUUGAAGGCAGCGAUGCAAGCCGCACCUGCCCUCCGUAUAUACGACCCCACCCUUCCCACCCAAGUGACUACGGACGCUUCGGGAUACGGCAUUGGUGCGGUGUUGGAACAGUGUCACGAGGACAGUUGGCAUCCGGUCGAGUACUUCUCCCAAAAGGUGCCUCUCGUCAACACUCUCGACGACGCUAGGAAGAAAGAGUUACUCGCGUUCGUCACCGUUCUCAAACGGUGGCGCCACUUUCUUCUCGGCUGUCGGCGUUUUAAAUGGAAUACGGACAACGAUCCGUUGACCUUUUAUACAAUGCAGGAUACAGUCACUAGCACGAUCGGUCGGUGGAUGUAUUACAUCGACCAGUUCGACUUUGACCCGUGCCACAUUCCCGGUCCCGCCGCAGCUCACGACGGCCUGAUUUUUGUGCCAUUGUGACCACGACAUUCGACCUCAAUAACGAUCUGCAGCCGCAUUUCGUCA